AUGAAUAUAGAUAAAUUGCGAUCAGUGAGAGAGGGUCAACGAAGAUGUGUAGAAAUUCAGCUUGAACGAAUUGAACGGGGGAAAGAGAAUUCAUCGAUGAUAGAAUUUAAUGCAAUUCUCGAAGCCAUUGUCAGAAAAGCAGAGACGAUCAAAUCCUUAAACGAACAGAUUUUAGAACUAACGGAAGUAACCGACAUUGAGGGGGAAAUAAUAAGCAGUGAAGAAUAUGGAUUGUCGCUGGAAAUAAAGGUGAGAGAACUUCGAGCUUAUAGCGAAAACAGAAAAAGCAACACUGAAGAACAACAGAAUGCUUAUAGCGAACCAUCUAACCCGCAAAACCAGGACCAAGACGGAAGUGGUUCCCUGAUCGAAAAUAAUAACGUGAAUAAUGGUAACAGUUCUUUGCAAAAUACGCAACUAGAAGGCAGUGCGGCUCAAGUUAUUCAAGGAUUUGCACUAACGAAUGCAAAUUACAUACAAGCAGUCGAUUUACUGAAGGAGAGGUUCGGACAGACUCAUAAAAUCAUUCAUGCGUAUAUACAGGUGUUACUAAACCUGCCAGCCCCGAGCAAUACUCUACACAGUAUGAGAAAUUAUAUCGACAAUUUAGAAGCUUAUAUCCGUGGAUUGGAGUCCCUAGGCCAAAAUCAAAAUACAUAUGGAACGCUUUUAGUACCGGUCAUUAUAGACAAACUUCCGGCAGAAAUUCGCAAGAGUUUAGCACGAGAAAAUGGCAGCGAUGAGUUGUUAUUAGAAACUUUACGAAAAGCGUUAUACCGUGAACUGAAUAUCAUGGAGGCCGGGCAGACUACAGAUGAUUUAACAGUUUAUAGAACUACAGCGUCGUUUUUCACGGGCGCGAGACAGAAAACAGGAACCGGAAGUCUCGUGACACAGAAUUCCGCACGCGAAACGUUUGAUGACCAGGAACAGUGCAUUUUUUGCAACGAAUUUCACAAUGCCAAAGACUGUACAGAAGUAACUGAUAAGAGAGCUAGAAAAGACAUUAUAAGAAAUAAACAUUUAUGUUUUAAUUGUUUGAAUAUUCACCACCAAGUCAUUAACUGUCCAUCAAACUACAGGUGCUUUAAAUGUAGAAGAAAACAUCACACUAGUAUAUGUGAAAGUAGUCCAGAUCCAAUUCUAAAUAUCGGUGUUAGUGAGUCAACCCAAUCUUCAACCGAAUAUCAACCCACAAAUCAAGCACAAACUGCAACUUUAAAGUCAAGUGCCGCAUAUGAAGCGUUCAUAGAUUACGACACGUAG